AUGGAGCAAGUGGAUUUAGUGAACGCUAAUGUGUUGGCCGCAGGGGCCAAUAAGAAGUCCGUCCGUGUUGUUAACGGGCUUGGGUCAUUGAUGGGGUCUAAACAGAUGGCGGACGUUGAUUUUGAGAAUGACUCUAAUAUGGAUUACCUAUUGGAACAAGAUAAGAAGGAAAAGGAAAAGUAUAAGAACAAAAGACAUAUUAGUGAGUUGCCAUGGACUCUGAAUAACUGGCAUCUGCAUUUGAACUGGUUGAACUUAAUCUUGGUGGUGGCUAUCCCUCUUUAUGGUGUUUACAUGGCACUAUCGGGUCGUGUGCCAUUAAGACAUGAGAUUUUGAUCUUCUCGAUGAUUUACUACUGUAUCGGUGGUAUUUCUAUUACAGGUGGUUAUCAUAGAUUGUGGGCUCACAGGGCUUACUCUGCACACUGGCCAUUGCGUUUAUUCUUCGCCGUGUUCGGUGCCGCUAGUGUUGAAGGUUCCAUCAAAUGGUGGAGUCACUCACACAGAAUUCACCAUCGUUAUACCGAUACAGUUAGAGAUCCAUACGACGCAAGACGUGGUCUUUGGUACUCUCAUAUGGGAUGGAUGCUUUUGCAACCAAACCCAAAGCACAGAGCUAGAGCCGAUAUCGCUGAUUUAACAGAUGACUGGAUCGUCAGAUGGCAACACAGAAACUAUAUCCCAUUGAUGUUGUUCUCUGCUUUCAUUCUGCCCGCUUUAUUCUGUCAUUACAUGUGGAACGACUUUUGGGGCGGUUUGAUUUACGGGGGUGUUCUAAGGGUCUGCGCUAUCCAACAAGCUACUUUCUGUAUCAACUCCUUGGCUCAUUACUUGGGUGACCAACCUUUCGAUGAUAGAAGAACUCCAAGAGAUAACUGGAUCACUGCUUUGGUCACCUUCGGUGAAGGUUACCAUAAUUUCCACCACGAAUUCCCAACCGAUUACCGUAACGCUAUCAAAUGGUACCAAUACGAUCCAACCAAGGUUCUGAUCUACUUAACUUCUUUGUUUGGUCUAUCGUAUGACUUGAAAAAAUUCUCUCAAAACGCUAUCCAACAAGGUUUGGUUCAACAACAACAAAAGAAAUUGGACCGUACAAGAUCAAAGUUGAACUGGGGGUCUCCAUUGUCAAAAUUGCCUGUAUGGGAUAAGGACGAAUUCAUGGAAAAAUUGAAAUCUAAUAACGGUUUGGUCGUCAUCUCGGGUAUCGUCCACGAUGUUAGUGGAUAUAUCACUGAACACCCAGGCGGUGAGACUUUGAUUCAGGCUUCAUUGGGUAAAGAUGCUACUAAGGCUUUCAACGGUGGUGUCUACUUGCAUUCUAACGCCGCUCACAACAUCUUGGCUACCAUGAGAAUCGCUGUGGUCAAGGACAAUGUUGAUCAAGCUGCUAAGUUCGCCGCAAGAAGAGGUGAAGUUUACGAAAAGAAGUAG